AUGACAGCUGUCAGCUUGACUUUGGCACCUGGUUGUCCUGCUCUGCACCACUCGUCUCGCUCGCUCUCGCUGGUCCACGCUGCUAGCGCCCUCUGCCGGCGCCUGCCGCCGCUGCUGGAUCCACGUACUCUGGUGUCUGCAGCGAUCCACUGCGAGUACGGAACUCGCAAGUGCGGCAGCUCCCCCGAGCCUCCACCACCACCACCUCGCAACGCCACCAGCACCGACAACAACUGUUCCUCCUCCUUCAACGAGAGCAAGGACUCCAACGAGAUCUCCGAAGCCGAGUGCGAUCAGCCGCGUAACUACCCCGAAGACGUAAGAGCCCACACUGCCAAGGACGGCUUGCACAGCGACGAAAUGAGGAAACUCAUUGACAGACCAGAAGCAACCACCCCAAUCCCCCAGCAAGCAGUCCACGGGCGCGGCGGACUCACAGCCUACGAUACUGUGGCAGUGUAACCUGUAAACCGCUCACCCCACACCGGACGUAGUUUGUUAACUUCUAGUUUAAAUGAUCACGACCCUGCCGAUGCGUUCACCCGCUUUUUCGAUACUCUAUUACAUUUCGUUGCAUCAUCCAGCAAUUUUACUUCGCUCUCGCGAUUCCGUUGCAUCGAUUGCGAAUCGACAUGGCCGUGGUCGAUCAUGCCAAAUUCAUUUUAUCUAUUUUGAAGCCGGUGUGUUGUCAUCGCGAUUUCAUUUCGUUUCGACUGAGUUGGCUAGAUUUCAUUAGUUCGACGUUAGGCGCGCACGUUAGUGCCAUAAGUCAAUUUGUUUGGCCUUCGACUCGCUGUAAAAGUUGCAAGUUGGGUAUGUCGCCCGGUGUUUGUUUGCCCUCCCCGUAGUGUUACCAUGUGAAACAGAAAUUAUGGUUGUGGUAGUUAAUUCAAAUUGAUAUAUUUCCUUUAGAAAGGUGACGUGUUACCAAUGAAAUUAACUAACACGAAACGUACGGUAACUUACCCAAUUUAGAUUUUUGCAGACAUCUACAGUCGAGUGUUUAAAAUUAAUUUUUGAUCUUAUUUGUUUAGCUUAAUUUAAAAUAACGGACGUAACUGUAAAGUGCUGGUUUCUGGGGUCGACCAUGUGUUUAAAUUAAGCUCAACAUGUAAUAAUGUGAUAUUUUGAAUUUUUUACCCAUUUAUUUUAUUUGAAUUGUAAUAACACUAAUUAACGUUAUUUAUAUUUGUGUAUUUGUAAGACGAUCACUAAGUAACCACUCGACCGUCUGGUCGGUUCAAUGCUUCCUUUUUAAUGUUACAGUUUUCGUAAUGCUUUUUACCAUUUAUGUUAUUGCCAUGUCAUUUUUAUAUUGUGUAAUGAAUUUUGAUGUUUUCAUUGCGUUUGCAUAAACUUCUUUAGAAAAGACUAGACGUAAGGGCAUCUUAUUAGUGAUUAAUCAACUCUUUGAAAACAAAGUACUAUGUAAUCUGUAGCUAGUGAUGUAAGUACGUACAUACAUACAUUAUUAAACUUUCAGUAUGUAUAAGUACCUAUACAUAAUAAAGACCAUAAUCCCAUGACUACCAUGUUAAUAUACUCAAGCUAAAUUAAUUUCUUGUAUACUGCCAAUUAUUAUUACAGACUCGAAAUUUAAAAGCAUUUUCUAUGACUUAAUGUUUAACGUAACGAGGUGCAUUUCAAUAUUCAAUAAAUAAUCGUAAUCUAAUCUCUAUAAUAUGCAAAUGUUAGAUGUAAGACACGCGCGUGUCAUUUCUAGAU